CGCCAUAGUUGUUCCCUUGCAGAAGGGCAGAGUGUGCGUUGUGGAAUAAUUUGCGGCCCGAGCACUUGACACUUCAUCUGUCAGACAUGCUGUCGAGACUUGUGCUCGUUUCAGGCCCUGCCCUCAAAAACAGUGGUUCAUUCGGAGCUUGCCUGGUCCAGGCCUCUCGUUCUCUGCAUUCAUCCCCUCAGAGUCAGGCACCAGUACCCCCACUGCCUGAGAAAGGAGGCAAAGUACGCCAUGGCAUUUUCCCAGAGGAGCUGUUCACACUGCUGUACCCCAAGACUGGUGUCACAGGGCCAUAUAUGUUAGGCACUGGCCUGCUCUUGUACAUGCUUUCCAAGGAAAUCUACGUUAUUAACCACGAGACCUUCGCCGCCGCCUCCAUCGGUGCUGUCAUUAUUUACGGAGUCAAGAAAUUUGGCCCCAGCGUUGCAUCUUUUGCCGACAAACUGAAUGAGGAGAAAGUGGCCAAGGCUCAGGAGGUGAAGGACAUAGCCGUGACCAGCUUGGCUCAAGCCAUCGAGGAUGAGAAGAAAGAGCAGUGGAGAGCUGAGGGAAGACAAAUGCUCUUUGACGCCAAGAGGAACAACGUAGCCAUGCUACUGGAGACCAAUUACAGAGAGAGGCUGCACAUGGUGACCAGUGAGGUGAAGAAGAGGUUGGACUACCAGAUUGCUCUGCAGAACCUUCACCGCCGCAUGGAGCAGGAGCAUAUGGUGAACUGGGUGGAGAAGAACGUCAUCCAGAGCAUUACUCCUCAGCAGGAGAAAGAGAGCAUUGCCAAGUGCAUUGCUGACCUGAAAGUACUGGCCAAAGCCACCCAGGCCAAGGCAACAGCAUAGAGACUCCACGCUCACCCCACCUCAGCUCUGUGUCCAUUAACGAGCAUUCUGUUUUUCUUUAUUAAUGAACUAUUUCCUGUUGAAGAUGGUUUGACUGUCUCGUCAAAAAUGUACAUAAACCUAAUAAAUAAAAGGUUUGAUUAUUCA